AACGACAUGAUUUAUAGAAGAAUUUGCAUAAUAAAAAUGAUUAUUCAUUUGUUCAACAAUUACGUGGUUUUGUUUUGUUCUCUUCGUUGUUUACUUCUUACAACAAAGAUGGCGUCGAGAUUUCAGCAACUUUUUUCUUUCUUUCGGGAAGGCGUGACUUGUGUCUUUCGUUCAUGGAUGAUUUUGUUAUCAAGAUUGUAGCUGAAGUUCUGGAGGGAAUUUGAUAAAAAAUGCAAAGCCCAUAUCAUAUAUCGAAAACGGCGCAAUUAAGUGAAGAAGAAAAACAGAAUAUUUUAAAACAAUUGACCGAUAUUUUUAAUUGUGUCCCCUGCGAUCAACUACGAAGACUCUGUGAAUCACAUUCAUGGAAUGUUGAGCGCUGCAUAGACUUCUUGAUAAAGGCCAAUAACCAAGACGACUAUGAAAACCACAGGAAAUUGGGAAGUGGAGCUAUUCCAAAGCAAAAUAUAUCGGUGGGCGAAAGAGCUGCAAUAAAGGACACAGUUCAAAAGCGACCCGCCUCGGACGGAUAUACGUAUUUAUCGGGGAUUAAUAACAAUCAAAACAAUUCUUCUGGAAGUUCAUUUGUAGAGCAGCGAAUUUCAAGAUUAAUAUCAGAUGGCUCUAAAGUUAUGAUUCUUUUGCGUGGAGCUCCUGGAAGUGGCAAAUCAUGCUUGGCGAAAAAUAUCUUCCGAUGACUUCUUUUAUAACAAUUCUAAUCGAUACAAAUGGCAUGCGAACUUAUUAGAUCAAGCUCAUGAAUUUAAUCAACGCCGGGUUGCAGAACACGCACAAGCGGGUUGGAGUCCAAUUUUUAUUGAUAAUACCAAUAUAAAGUUAUGGGAGAUGUUAGUGUAUGUGAAAAUAGCAGUGGAGAAUGGUUAUGCCAUUGAGAUUCUAGAGCCUAGAACGUCUUGGAAAAAUUCUGCGUAUAAACUUGCUCUUAAAAAUAAACACCGAGUGCCAGCAGAUAAAAUCCAGACGAUGUUGAAUAAUUUUGAAAAAGGAUCCGUUCAAGACUUAUUAAAGGUAAAUAUUUGAUUUAUUAAAUUAAAGUCAGUCCAUAUCAGUUAAACGCAUUUUUACCAAGGUUUUUUUUAUUUUAUUUUUUCUUCACAUACAAAAGAUUAGUUGGGCAAAUGUUUAGUUAUUUGUUUUUGUUUGUAUAUAAGGCCAUCAUGCCAGAAUUUGUCAAAACCUUGAGAGAUGUCCAAAAAUACACCGGCGCAGUAUUGCUUCCCUUCGAAGGCUUUUCUAAUACAAGAAACAAUUCUAUGAACUUGUUUUACAGUGCCAUGUUUUUCACGAAAACCAAACUGAUGUGGUAUUAUUUGGUUGCUUGUUAGUGAAGGUUGUAUUUUUUUCAAUAGAAGUUUUUCAAAUAUUUUGGAAAAUACAGAAAUCAAGCUAAUCGGCCGAUAUGAACUUCAUACCGUCGGAUCUUUGUCUGGCUUUGGCACCAUUAUUAUUUCCGGGGAAGUGCCCCAACUUAAGCAUGUUAUUAAAAAUAUGUAACAAAAAAUGUACGGCAGUUUGUUUGUUGUUGUUUGUUAUUCUUCUGAAUAUCAUGAACAAUGGUGUUAAUUAAAUCUUUCCUUUAAACCUGAAGCGGAUUUGUGGUAAGGCUACUGGGGGGUUUUAAAAAUAUAUGAAGGAUGAGAGCCUCAUUGGGUCUAAAGACUUAUGAAAGAUGACAGGCGAAAGCGUUUGCUUUAUCCUCAUCAUUCCUCGCUCUGCUUCCGUUCUGAGUACGUAAUGGUGCUUCUCGAAGAACGGGCCUCUUUGCAUGCUUCAGUGCAGUGUUGCCAGGUCUUCGGCAUGAGAAAACGUCCCUCUU